AAACCGCAGAAGCAGCAGAGUGAAAGUGCGCAUGUGCAAAAGCAGCAGAGUGGUUGUUUUGCGUGAUUGUAACUUUUUUUUACAAUGGAACCGAACUCCGAGUCCAGACCGGAGUCCAGACCAGAGUCCAGACCAGAGUCCAGACCAGAGUCCAGACCAGAGUCCAGACCAGAGUCCAGACCGAAGAGGAAACUGGAGGAGGAUGAGGAGAGUCUGAGUAAGAGGAAGGCGGGGGACCACAGCUCUGAAGUGGCCGAUCAUUACAACCGUCUGCAGGAGGUGGGUCUGCAGCUGCGCAGCCAGAGCCGCAUCGUCCACAUGAGGAACUUCAACAACUGGGUCAAGAGUGUGCUCAUCGGGGAGAUCCUGGACCAGUUGAGGAGGUCCAGACCUGGUCCAGUUCGAGUCCUGGACUUGGGUUGUGGUAAAGGAGGAGAUUUACUGAAGUGGAGACGAGGCAACAUCAGCCACCUGGUUUGUACAGACAUCGCUGAAGUUUCUGUGGAUCAGUGCAGGAGUCGAUUUGAGGAAAUGAAAAGAAAAAGUCACAACGACGACGACAUUUUCACGGCCGAGUUCAUCACAGCAGACGCCACCAAGGAGCCCCUGUGGCCGCGGCUGGCUGACCCCUGUGUGACCUUUGACCUGUGCAGUUGUCAGUUUGUGGUUCAUUAUUCGUUUGAGUCUCGGGUCAAAGCAGAAACGAUGUUGAGAAACGCCUGCGAACGUCUGAGGCCCGGAGGAUACUUCAUCGGGACCACGCCGGACGCCUACGAGCUCAUGAGGCGAGCGUCCCUGUCCCCGGAUCUGUCCUUUGGAAACGAAGUCUUCAGAGUCCGGUUUAAGUCCGGGUUUAAGUCCGGACUUCCCGUGUCUCUGUUUGGAGCCGAGUAUCACUUCAGCCUCGAGGGCGUCGUCGACGUCCCCGAGUUUAUGGUCUACUUCCCCCUCAUGGUCAGGAUGCUGGAGAAGUUGGGGAUGCGUCUUAUUUUGAAACGUCGGUUCAGUGAGUUUUUCGAGGAGAAAGUGAAAGACGAGCGUCACCGUGGUCUUCUGCAGAAGAUGGGCGCUCUCGAGCCAUUUCCCGCCGCAGACGGUCACCAGGCAACCAGCUCUGAGGGCGAGUACAGUCAUGUGACUCCAGGGUCACGUGACCGGCCCCUGGGCACGCUCAGCCGCUCCGAGUGGGAAGCAGCCAGCAUCUACCUGGUGUAUGUGUUCCAGAAAAUGGAGCCCUCGCCGUGACCUCUGUGUGACCUCUGUGUGACCUCUCUGUGACCUCUGUGUGACCUCUGGGCAGUUUUGUAAAUAAAAACUUCAAAUGUA